GUCUAACCGCAUGUUCGGUCCGGAUCUUUAUAGAGACUGUGGUCGUCCUCGGUCAUCGCGAAAGAAUGCACGAACCGGGAUGGUCACGACUCACUAGAAGGGAAAAAAGCCGCCUCCUUUUAUUGCCGGAUACCAAACCUUAAAUUGUAAUAAUUUUUUCCGGAGAUCCGCUUGGGACAUUUUUCAUCGAUCGCGUCAAAAUGACGAAAGCUCUUUACGACCAUGGCCGAAAAACCCCCCUCCUCCUCACUUAUUACUGAUCUCCUGCGAUGGCUACGAACAUCACCUUCCACCCUGGCUCUGUCUCCUCGGAAGAACGAACGACCUUACUCGGGCAGAAGGGCGUAACGAUUUGGUUGACGGGGCUGAGCGCGAGUGGGAAGUCAACCAUUGCAUGUGCACUGGAACAACAUCUCCUCCACCUACACAAAACCUCCUACCGCUUGGACGGCGACAAUGUCCGAUUCGGCUUGAAUAAAGAUCUGGGAUUUGACGAAAAGUCGAGAAACGAGAAUAUCCGUCGGAUAAGCGAGGUCUCCAAGCUAUUCGCCGACUCCGCAUCUAUCGCCAUCACAGCCUUCAUCUCGCCGUACCGUGUAGACCGGGUAUUCGCCAGGGAGAUUCACGAAAAGGCAUCGCUUCCCUUUGUCGAGGUGUUCGUUGAUGCGCCUCUCCAUGUCGUCGAACAGCGAGAUCCAAAGGGGCUGUACAAGAAAGCCCGUGCGGGAGAAAUUAUGGAGUUUACGGGCAUUUCCGCCCCAUACGAGGCUCCAGAAAACCCAGAAAUUCACAUCGAUACGUCGGUUACGGAUGUUACGGAGAGUGUUCGGAUAAUCACUGAUUUUUUGACGAGUAAAGGCUAUAUUUCCGUGUAG